CUCUCUCCUCCUUAUCUCAUCGUCUCUGCACUUGUUUCAGAGAUCAUAUUAACGAACGAAUUCGGUGAUUGAUCGGUGCAUGACGAGCGCAUCAGAGCUGUUCUCUACACGAAGAUCUCGUCCAGGUCGAUCCGACCCGGAUUUAGAAUCUGAUACUUCUUCUUAUCGAUACCACUCACACAAUCAUCAUCGCCAUCUCGGUACCCAUCACCAUAACCAACAUCAUGAUUCUGACGGCUGUGAUCUUCUCCGAAGACCCACUCCACGUCUCCGACGCUUCUGUCACCAUACUGUUAAGUUUCCUUCUAAACCUAUUUGUGAUGUUCAAGGCACCGCUCAGUAUUUGAAUCCUGACAGUAGUACUAAUACUGAAACUCAGAGUGGCAGCUUUGUAAACCUAAGUGGAUCCGAGAGGCUUCCUGGAGCUGUUCUGCUUGCAAGGGCAAGACUUUUCGAAAGAUUGAGAGGUGUUUCUUUGUCUGGUAACAGUCGAAGCAACAGAGUAUCAUUGGGAGCUGAGCAAAGGGAGUCCUCAUUUCAUUCUACAGAUGUUGAUCCAAUUUUUCAACUAGAAGGGCUUCAAGUGACCAAUGAAUGUAACAAGAAACCGCAAGGUCUUACUCAGGAUGCUAUUAACUGUUUACACCAGCAAACUUUUAGCUCAGCCGAAGUUAAAACUGAGAUGAGAAGAGAUUAUAGCAUAUGUUUAGAGAGUUUCACUAAAGACGACACGUUUAUAUCCACUCUUCUUGCUUAAACCCUUGGCUAAGAGCUUGUGGAGAUUGUCCUUAUUGCCGUAGAGCCAUAGCUCAGG